AAUUAUCGAGCCGCCCAAAACAAAGUAUCCAUCAAGCGGAAUGCCAGCACCUGCAGCUCAUGUGGUCGUCCCUGCCACAGCCCCUGCCGUGGACGUGAGCUUGGAAAUGGAGCGGUUGGUUCGUCGCAAUGCUGCCCUCGAAGAUGAGGUGCGUCGUUCACGCGAGGAGUUGGUUCGAUUUGGCUCGGACGCCGAACGCAGCGAAGAACGUCUGACGAACAAAUUGCUGGCUCGUCUGGAUCGACUCCGCCUCGAGAAAGAAAAGCUUGCGUUGGCCGUAGAGCGAGAAGAAGAAUUUCUUACCAACACGCUCCAGCGCAAGCUGCGUCAAUUGCAGCAAGACAAAGUCGAUCUGGAAAACAAACUCGAGAACGAGCAGGAAUUCAUCGUGAACCGUUUGCAGCGGCAGUUGGAAGUCGCAGCUAACGCAACCGCCGACAAAGUCCAACUUGAGAAUGAACUCGAGCAAGAACAAGAGUACCUCGUCAACCGACUCCAGAAACAGGUGCUCGGCGUUAAGAUUGAGAAGAAGAAGGCGGAGCAGCGCAUGCUCGAUGAGAUGGUCGCGUUGGUGUCAUCAUUCGAAGCAUACGUUGACGAUCCGCAAAUGAUGAAGCACGCGCUCGCGUCCGCAAAGGAAGCUCUGCACGCUCGGGUGAAAGCCCACCUGGCCAGUGCUGUGGCCCAAGACACGUCCGAUGCGACUGCCCUCAACAGCGAAGUCCUUCUCGAGUCCGUGAGUUCUCCAAUGCGCCACCACCUGAACCGCCGCGGCACAUUGUAGUCACCCUAGACCCCAUUCGCGUUGUAUCAUUGUAUCUACCUAGUACAUUCUGGUGGUGACGCUCGCUCGCCUAGCCAGUAAAUAAAUUAACCGUGUGUCAAAAUGAGA